AUGGACAUCGGCGACGACAACCUUGAUGUCGGCGAUGACGCUACUGACGCCGGCCAUAGCGAAAUGGACAUUAUUAUUCACGAUACUGAUGCCAGCGAUAACAAAUCAGAUUGCGAAGACAACGAUAUGGAUGCCGGGAACAGCAAGAUGGAAAUUGACGUUGACCAUGUCAACGCCAGCGACGGCAAGAUCGUGAGCGGCGGUAAGAAAUGGGUCUAUGUUCCUGCUACGCCUGAUGGCGCCAUGGACGUUUUUGUUGAGGACGGGGCAGAGUACAGCUAUAACAUGGGGGCUGAGGAAACCCAGACGCUCGGCCAGCACGAGGACAUGGAUGCCAUCCCCAGCGCCAUGACAAACGGCACCGCCACAAACGAAAAAUCUGCCAACAACGGGAAACGUAUUGUCAACAAACGAAAGCGAACUGCUUCAGCACCCGCGCCCGCAAAGAGACUGAAGUGUUUUGGCCAGGUCAACAUUACGGCAACACGGGCACGUGUACAAUACGACGGCAAAGUGUGCGAGUAUACGUGGCAGCGCAAUACUGUUGAUGGGCGGCGUUGGGUCAGACACCCAGGAGGCGAACGAGAGGUUUACGGCGAAUAUCUACUGGUUCAUGGUCCCAACAUGUCAAUCAAGGUCAUGGUGAAGACAACCUGGUUGCCAAUCACGGUGGAAUGGGAUAUAGAGAAAGGGGUCUAUCAGGGGGAGGAGAGCAUAGGAGGCAGGAUUCUGACGGUUGAAGAAACGGCAACAUGGGAUGCUAUGAAUGUGGUGGAAGGCACGCACGUCGGUUUUAUUCGUCUCCUCCUCCUUUUUAUAGGUCUCAUAAGCCCAGUGGACAGCCAUCACCAGCAUUAA